UCGCUAGGAGGCUUCCCCGCGACCCCUACCGGGUGCGCCGCCCGGGUGGCGUUGGGGGCGCGCCCCGUAAGUACGCGACUGGAAGACAGUGGGUUCUCUUCAGGUUAAUUCAGUGUGGUGACGGAGAGGGCAUUUGCUUGUUUCAAAACUUUUUAUUUUUAUUUUUUUUUUUAAACUGGAGAAGGAAGAGGCUUCCCUUUGAGGCAGAGAUUUUCGGGAGGACGACGUGGACGCGUGGUGGGUGGGUGGCACCUGGAGAAGGCGCGCCAGUGCCCUGGUUCUGGGUUUAGCUGGCGGGGCACCGUGUCGCCGGUCAGAACAGCGAGGAACUCUUUAAACAGUUCAAGCUCUAUAUUUGUAACAUCACACUGCUGUCUCCUGAUUGGACCAUUUUCAAGAACUCACAUCUUUUUCAUACAGCUUAAAAGCAAGGGGAGAGGCGAAGCACAGAGAGCAGCAGAUCAGACCAUACUGAGCUACCUUAGAGCGGCUGAGACCCGUGGAGGAUGCUGGCUGCCAAGUGGCUGAGGAGGGCCUCACUCUAAGGUGGGAAAGCAGGUCUCAGCGGGACAGCUUCCUCUGCUCCUGGGCUCACCAUGGCCUUCACUCUCUGGCUGGACGGCUGAUGUGACUGUGUGCCCCAAGUGUGCACGCUGCUGGACUGGGUGCCGUCCCAGGUACCACCUGCUCUCAGGGUCUGGGAGCAGGACAGGUGGGCAUCAGAUGCUACCAAAAGCCGGACGGGGCAGAGCGAUGGACUCCGACAAGCUAAGAUGGAAGUGACCUGAGGCCUCGCCCAGGCAGUUUUCUCUUGACAGGAUAGCUUAAGAGUUGGAGCACAGGCUUGUCUGGGGAGCAGUAUGCAGGAAGCUGGUUUUCAGGCCACAAAUGCUUUCACAGAGUGCAAAUUCACCUGCACCAGCGGUAAAUGCUUGUAUCUUGGUUCACUGGUCUGUAAUCAACAGAACGACUGUGGGGACAACAGUGAUGAAGAAAAUUGUCUCCUGGUGACCGAGCAUCCACCUCCCGGCAUCUUCAACUCGGAACUGGAGUUUGCCCAGAUCAUCAUCAUCGUCGUGGUGGUCACGGUGAUGGUUGUGGUCAUUGUCUGCCUACUGAAUCACUACAAAGUCUCCACACGGUCCUUCAUCAACCGCCCACAUCCAAGCAGGAGGCAGGAGGACGGGCCACAACCGGAAGGGCGCCUGUGGCCUUCAGACAGCUCCGGGCCUCAGCCAGGGGCCUCAGAGAUCAUGUAUGCCCCGCGGUCCAGGGACAGGUUUACUGCCCCAUCCUUCAUCCAGAGGGACCGGUUCAGCCGCUUCCAGCCCACCUACCCCUACGUGCAGCACGAGAUCGACCUUCCUCCCACCAUCUCCCUAUCCGAUGGGGAGGAGCCGCCUCCUUACCAGGGGCCCUGCGCCCUGCAGCUCAGGGACCCUGAACAGCAGAGGGAACUCAACCGAGAAUCUGUGAGGGCCCCGCCCAACCGAACCAUAUUCGACAGCGAUUUGAUAGACAUUUCUGUGUACAGUGGGGGCCCGUGUCCGCCGAGUAGCAACUCGGGCAUAAGUGCCAGCACCUGCAGCAGUAACGGGAGGAUGGAGGGGCCGCCCCCGACCUACAGUGAGGUGAUGGGCCACUACCCUGGCGCCUCUUUCUUCCAUCACCAGCACAGCAGCGCACACAGGGGGAGCAGACUGCUGUUUCAGCAGGACAGCUCAGGGGGCACGGUGCUGCCCAUCCAGGGCAAGGACAGGAAGCCUGGGAACCUCGUCUGACCCUCUGACGUGCACUGGAGGAGGCAGAAGCCAAGGAGGGAUGAGGGCCUCAUUGCCUCCGCUCCCAGGCACAGUGUUGUUCCGUUUCACGUGCUACAACGAAGUAAAACCAAAUGUGCAAACAUGGUCUUUGUUUCUGAUUCCUUUCAGGGGAAUUGCAUGCAGACUAGACUGAAAUAAUACAAACUUCCAUCCGGUCUGACCGCAAACAGUGUUUAUUUGGGGACAGGCAUCAGGACGGGGGCUGGUUUUGGCAAAGGGCGGGCAUGGGAACACAGAGAAAGGGAUGCUUUGAAGAUAUCAUGAAAUAAAACCCACAGAGGUAUUUGAUUUAUUUAAUUAUGAAAGGAGACUUUGCAGAGAAAGAGGCCAGAAUGGCCUGGUUUAUAAUCAAUUGAUAAAGAAGGAUGCAUUAUUAUAUAUUAUCACGGGGAAGUAUUGGCCAGUUUGCUUUUUCUCCCAAGGUGUGGAACUUUUAUUUUGUUUUAAAAAUAUGAUUCAGAAUUCCCGUUUUGUGUGCCAAGGUAUAACGUGAAGAAGUUAGAUGAGCGCAAGGAGCUAAUUUGUGUUGUGAUGAUGUGUUUUUGAAAGUUGCACUAUCUAAAUGUUUAUAUACGAGGGAACUGUUCUGUGUGGAGUUCUGUAUGUUGUCUUCUCGCCUGUGGAUUCUUAUUAGGCCCAAGGAGCACCUGGAGUGUUCCCCAUACUCACGUGAGAAAAGAUGUUUGGGGUUGUAGCCUAACACAUGCCAGCUUACAGAAACCAAGGCAGUGUGACAAGAGUCUGCAUCACGUAGCAGUGCGUCACCGAAUGUUUGGAGACUUUUGGAUGGAAGAGAGGAAAUACUAAAUCCCAGCAUUUCUGAUGUGUUGUGUUACUCUGCUAGUCUUAGGCUGCAUAUUUUAUUACAUUUGAACCUGACACUUGCAUUUAUGUACCCAGUAUCAUGCAGUGCUGCCCCUGUCCUCCAGCAGUGCAGUUUCUUCAGUAAUUUAGAGGGUUUUUUUCACUGUAGCAUGAAAUAUACUCAGACACAUACAUUAUUUUAUGCAAUAAAUUGUUUAAAGUGCAAGGUGGUUAUUCUUAAUACUGUUGAAAUACGUGACUUCUCAGUGUAUUCCCGUUGUCUCUCUCCUUUUCUAGAUAGCAGAUAGUUCAGUUCAAGCCCAGACAGCUGGUCAGUGCUCGAGAGGCAGUGGUCCCCGCGUGGCCUGCCCAGCCUCGGUGUGCCAGGGAUGCCACCAGUGGCUUCUCCGUGUGCAGGAAGCCCCUGGAGAGUGAAUGAGAGAACACCAUGGUGCAGAGCACAAUAACAAGCUGUUGCAUGUCACUCUCGAAGGAGUGCGGUGUUCAGGACCCACCGGAGCUCCCAGGGGAGUUUCCUUUCCCUGGGCGGUGGUGGCCAGAACUGGACAGUUACCAGAUAGUGCAGGGCGGGGUCGGGGGGAGGCAUGACCAUAAGAGCACAGGAUAAAAAGCACAACAUGCAGUUAAAAUGCAACUAGAAAGCUAAUUUUAAAUAUUGUUAGUCUUAGCUUUAAAAUCCUUGAUAUUUACAAACAUUCGCUCUCAUGUGGAAUGGAUAACUUCCUUCUGUGGAAGCUGCCAUCUGGCCUGUCUGUCAGCCAUAGCCUGAGGGUUAGGCCGCGCCAUGCUCCAGGAGGGCUUGUCCACCGCUGCCGACCCUGGGCUGGCCAGGCCCCUUUGGCCUAUGCAUGUAGAACAAUGAAUGGACUGGAAUGAUGGCUUGGUGACUCUGAUCUCCGCAGUUUUAAUGCGUCGGCACACGUGUGUUCGUGUCUGUUUGUGGGUCUCCAAGGUGGUUUCUCAGGGAGGUGACUUUGUGCUGUGGGCUGGGGGCUGGAGAAUGUUCUGAACUAAAAGUCCUGUCGGCUGCUUCUUUCUGUUGCUUCUCUUGGUCAGUAAGUGGCUGGUUUUUGUUUUGUUUUCAGGAUUGGAAUCUCUAUUAGAUUCCUCCAUUUCCCACAGUUAAGAUCCACAGAACUAGUCAAACUCUUAAAAGAAGAGUGAGAGAAAAUGUGAGCAGCAGUUGCAACUCAGGCAUCAGACCUUAUUUGAAAGUGUGUGUGCCGGGCGUUGCUGCAGGGAUUCUGAGAUCGGGCAGAUCGCUGGGAGCCUGGACUUGGACCUGGAGGCUGCCUCUCCCAUGCUGCAGGUGCUCCCACAGUUCAGCUCACUGCCUGGGUCACAGGCCUGCACUUAAGGCAGCUGGGCAUCCCCUUGGCAUGAAGCCUUGACUCACCCUGUAGAGGGAUGGCAGCACCUAUGGGGGCUCAGGGUAAAUUAUGGAUCAGGUGUCCUGUCAGAUGCAAGAGGAGGUUGGUUACCAUUCUAAGCCUCACCUGCAAUUUUGAUAAAGGGUGAACCCCCCACCCCUAUAGCUCUAGCUCAAAAUGGUUUCAUAAUCCUUAUUGUUCUACCUGCUACAAGAAAUGAGCUAUGGUCAGAAACCGGUAAAUUCCUUAGUCACUUUGCAAGUAUAUGAAUGUUUUGCAGAUGUCCACAGUAUUGGCGAAGCAAUUAUUUAAUUCAAAUAACUUUAAUCAUCUUUCAGAAGAGGUUCUUCCCAUUCUUCCACCCUGGAGAAUUGCCCUUUGAGUUAAAUAGUUAUUUAAAGACACAGCCCUAUCAAACCAUGACUUAAUGGUCCUUGAGGCUGGACCUCUGUAAUGAAUUAAUUUAAAAGCCAAGGUCGUGAAUUGAAUUAAUAGUCAAUUUCCUUUGCCACGGGGAGAAGGUGAUCCAUAGCUUCUUGGAAAGUGACCGCCCUGUUUGCACAGCAUUGCCCCUCACUGGCUCUGUGCAGGUCAAGGGGUGCCAUGCGGAGGCAGCUUGUACGGGGGUGAAUGUUCAAGAAGAUCACGUGCUUGGGGGACACAAGGGUCUGGCUUGGGAACCAGAUUUAGACAAUCUGUGGUAGGUUUAUUAUUUCAGUAGGGUGUUAAAAAUAAAGAAUUGUAUUGUUCAAAGGAGCAGUGGGUGGGAAGGGGUCCUCCCGGGCAUCCUGCUGUGACGUUCCCAUCCAUUGUCUUGGGACUUCCAGGAGCAUGAAACCCAAGCCAUGUUGAAUCCCAUUUCUAGGAACACAGUUUUCAGGAGUAUAUUUGCUUUUGCAGAAAGUCUACUGUUCUUGAGUCACCAAAGCAGUCCUUAGUACAAGAGAUUUUGCUAAACAAAUUAUGUACUUAAGUAAAAGUUGCUCCAUUCUUUGUGUACCUGACGAAAAUUUAGUGUUAAAGGAGCUUGGCAAGCAGGCCCUCUGAUCUUCACCACCAUAUAUGCAUAUGGACACCCAGCCCACAAGAAAUUUCAAGAUAGCCAAAGAGCAUAGCUAAUGAAACUUUACGAAGACUUGUCAUGAGGACUACAUUUGUAUCCACUGAUUGUAGCUCAAACUCUUGGGAGAGCACAGGGGCAGAUGGCAGGCCUUCAGAAGCACCCACAUAGGAAUGUGGCACACAGAUGACGGUGUCCGUCUUGGGCUUCUGAAUAUCUUCAUUGAUCUUCUUUGCCUGUACUUUGUAAGAAUGGGACAGGCUCACAUGCAUGCGCUGCUAGAGAGCUGUUCUGACCUAGAAUCCAGUCAAAUGGCAGCCUUCCCCUUGGAAGCAGAGUUGCCCCUGGACAAGGCUCAGUCACCUUCCAUCCAGUUGCUUUUCUGACUAAGGACUGCCUGUAGGAGGUUCCUGGGGUCGGGGCCUUGGAGGCAGGGCCAGGGGCUGUUCCCCAGCACGCUCCAGCUGUGUUUGCUGGGCUGGGGCCCCUGCUUGAGGCUUGCCGCUUAGAGCGGCAACAUUAACUGCAUGUCGUUUGGUAUCCCUUUCAUUUUUCUUCAGAUUCCCAAAGCUCAGCAGUGUGCAAAGGAAAAAAAAAAAAAAACUGGGAAGGACACUUGGUUUUUGUUAACUUUUUGAUUUUGUCUGUGUGACUAAAGCAAGACAUAUGCCCAUGCUUGGCACCAGGCAACCCCCCCCCCAAGCCCGCCUCCUCGCUCUGCCAGCGUCCCCAGUCAUCGCUGAAUGGCCGUGAUACAGGCUUCGUUCUGCUGACGUUCACCCAGAUCACCUUGGCCUUGGUGAACCUAAAUAAAAUGACACGACUGGGGGACGGGCUGGUGGGUGUCCCCUCCUUAGUGUGAGCAACACUGUAGGUACCAGUUGCCCAUCCAAGUCACAGAUGAAGAAAGUGCUUUCACCCCAGAUCACAAAAGUUAGUUUCAGCAGCUUUGCUGCUCCCCUGAUGCCAGCUGCCAGAGCCUGGCCAGAGGUCAGUGACGGACUGUGCGAAAUACCUGCCUCACCAUAGCCUACAGUUUUCAGGAACCAAGAUUUCAGCUGAGGUUAGUUUACUACCCAAAGUACUGCAUCUUUUGCAUAGUUUAAGUUUGUAAUUUACUGCCAGGGUUAGACAGUUGUUUGCUGCUGUUGCUGCUGCUGCUUCCCAGGCCGGCUGCAUCAGGAAGCUGGUGUGUGUGAGCCGAAUGCCUUGCCAAGAAAGCGCUGCCUUCCUUUCAUCCUCUUUCCUUCCUCUGCGUGUGCUUGUCUGUGUGCAGUGUGGUGGGGGUCCCGACGCACUACUCGCAUGUCAUGUCGCCCAUGGUGUUCCAAAGAGCUCUGCAUGCCAGUCGCUUUGAAGCCCCCACGGGGUCUUGUGCUGACAUCAGCAGACCCAGGAACUGAGCCCCCACUGCCGCACUCUGCUCCCACCUUUGUUGUGCCUCACUUACAAUGGUGCUUUUUCAGUUGUCUGUCUUCUGUUUUUAUUUGUAAGGUGCUGUAUAUAACUUGAAUAUAUUAUGCACAUAUCCUACCCAAUGGGUAGAACAAAAAAAUUGUUAAUACUGUAAUAUAAUGUAUAGAUACCGAUUUUAACAGAAAUGGCAUAGAAUUUGUGAAUGCCUAUGUGCUUUGUCCUCUUUUGUAAGGAAAUUUGCAAAUGGAUGCAUACAGAUAAAAGUCUAUGUAGUUUAUUUUCCUAUUAAAUAUCAAUAUUAUAACACAAGGGAAAGAAGUCUGAACAAGCAAGCCACUGUUUAUGACCAGCAUAUGUAUAGCAAUUGAGAGUUGCACCUUUGCUGUGAAAACCCUUAAAAAAAAAAAUCCUACAGCUUUUUGGUUGCCGUUAGAUGCUUCUCAUUUUAAUCUCUUCAGUGAUGCUCAGUUGGACCAGUGUAACAGAAAAAUUUUUGCAACUUGUUUUAUGAAAAGAUACUAUGUUGUAGAAUAACGAAGAUGUCAAACCCCAGAGAAAAGUGCACAUGUCGUUAAAAUUGCAAAACUAAUGUCCCGGUUAAGUAAAUCAGGCUGCAGAAGAGGACUUUGUUCAGUACAGAGGCCUUGUUGGCCAUCUGUGUCCCUAGUCUCUCUGUGCCUUUUUCUUUGACAAACCGAAGCUAUGGAGCCAAUGAACCAAUGGGUUUGUAGGGAAAAAGUAUCUCAGGAAAAACAAAAACACUUAGGAGAAGACCCCACUUUUAGAAAAACUUGUUUUCUUUUGGGUUAUCAUUAGCAGAGAAUUAGCUAUCAGCCAGCCAAGUGAAGAAUCUUCUAUCCAUUCCUGUUGGCGUCUCGUGGUGAUCUUGACAAACUAGGUUUUGCCAGCGGUUAGGGAUUAUGUUUUCAGUUGCAUGUUCUGUCACACCUCUUACGCAGCAUCUAUCCUUCCAGCUCAGUGUUAGCCUCUGUUAGGACCUCUGCAUUUAUUUUCAAAUAUCCUGAUACUAAAGAAAGAAAAAGAAAAGCCUAGCACAUUUUUGCUAAAACCACUGAACCAUGGGUGUGCACAUCCUUUCUGGUGUUGUCCGUAAAGGCAGUCAGUGAAGUUUUGCCCAUCUGAUCCACAGUUCCACUCUAUUCUGUCACCAGAAUAAUAAAUUUCAUGUUUUUUAUUUGCUCUGUGGUGUAUGUUCUGAUUUUGAAAACACAAGAGAAUCAUGCCCUUAUCCUCCAGAAAGCAAAUUAUUACCGAUUAUCCUUAAACUGAAAACACCUCUACAAUGCAACUCUUGAUGCUGAAGGACUAAAGACCAGCCCUUCUCUAACUGUUCUGAAAGGGCAUGACAAGAUAGUUAACCUCAUGGGUGCUCUGUCCUGUCCAGCCCCCACCGUCUGCGCCCCUUGUGUGUCCUGCAGGGGCCCCUCGUGCUUCUGGUUCAGCAUCAGGAGACAAGGCUCACUGCUGUCAGGAGCAACACUUCCACCCUUCCAGGUUCCAUCUCUUGGGAGAACUGUUGCGCAUGAGUGUCAUCAGAGAAUGUUCUAGACUCAGAGGUACUAAAGUGUGUUACCGCACCAUUGCUUCCUUUCUACAGAACUGAGGCUUAAACUUUACUGUUAAUGAUACUGGUUUAUUUUAAUGUGCUUGUCAGUAUAUUGCUAUUUUUCAUUUCAUGGCUUUCAAAAAUCACAUUUUCUAAUUGUAUUUGUCUAGUUUAAAGCUAUUUUAAAACGUGUAAAACACUAUUCACAGCAUUUAGUUCAUUUAAUUUUUAUUAUAAAGCAGCCUACUAAAAAAGUACAAACUGUAUAUGAACUUUUCAGUAGUUCAUGUGAGCUCUGAUAAUCAGAAGUCAUUAAAGUGUUUAACAGCUAUUUGUGCUUACUUUUCAGAAUAAUUUCCAGUUAUACACAGAGAAAUAUUUCCAACUGUUGUGUAUCUGCCUCUUUUAACUGAGCAAUGGUGAUGUAGUUCUUAGACCUAAGGUCUGUAAUUGCAAUACUUUUAAAGAUGUUGCUCUAAGUGCUGUUAGUUAUGAAAUCAGCUUUUUCUGCUUGUUCUUAGUGCUGUGGUCAAACCAUAGCAUAAAAUCAUUAAAAAUAAUCAGUGAUAUA